AUUACAAUUACGACCACAAUCGUUAUAAUAAUAAUCACAGUUUUCAUUAGCAUUUUAGUGAAACUAAAUCAUCUAAAUUCUUCAGAUUGUUGAACCUCUGCUGGUCUUAAUUAUGGACCGGCGAGUCUCGGUCCCGACCCAGUGUGUCCAGGUCUUGGAGACCCCCUCUCGGGGUAUAAAAGGGGCGGCGUGGAGGGAGGUGCUGGGACGGCGCCUCCUCGUCACCCAACAGAGUUGAGCUGAUGUCAGGAGACAUCAGCCUUCAGUGAUGAUGUGUCUCUGAUGACGGCUGCUGCUCCUGCACGGUGACAGAGGACCUGCUGCCUCCUCCUCCUCCUCCUCCUCCUCCUCCUCGUCUCUCCGCUCCAUCAGGCCCAGGCUGAACCUCCGGAACAAGCUCAGGGAAGCACAGUUCGCCUGGCUGCUCGGCUGCUCGCUGCUCCACCAGUUCCUCCUCACGAUGACAACUUUCCCCCUGGACUCCGUCCUGUCCUUCCCGCGCAUGGACGGCGUAAGGAAUGGCCCAUCCGCGGCCCCUAAGACACUGGCUUUCUCUAUCGACCGGAUCAUGUCCAAGAGCUCGGGGCCCCGGGGGGCCUCGGACCACCGGACCGGAGGAGCGGAUCUAUCAGACGGCAGGAAGCUGCUUGGUGUGUGCUCGCCGGUGCCCUGCAUGAUCCCGCUGCACCCAUUCAGCUACGACCUCCAGGCCAAGGCGCUGCUUAACUACUCCGAGUUCUGGAAGGCUAACUUCAGGGGAGCGUUGUGCGGUUCCUCCAGCGCGUCGUGCAAAGCAAACUGCGGGAUGUGUAGCAAGGUGGAGCCGGGGCUGAAGCACCCUCUUCUGACGGGCUGCAGCAGGGUGAUAAAGCCCCAGGUCAUCCACCAGGCCAUGGCCAUGCCGGCCGGAGGCUCGCUGUACUAUCUCAACUACCUGGACGCCGCGGGUUACCCACCGGCGGAGCUGCUGACGGGCCAGCUCUUCUCCUCGACCCUGGCCGGCUCCCAGGCCCAGGCCUCCUCGCUAUCCCAGCACCACAAACUCUUACUGCUGGAGAGCGCCAAGCUGGCGGCCGGGGGCUCGGCCGACAAGUUCCCCUCGCCUCAGUACCCGCACAAGGAGCAUUUACCCGGGCAACUGGACCAGAUCGUGAAGGAGAACCACAGCCUGAACUCGGAGAAGAGCGGCGCAAAAGCGCACAGCAAGCCGGGCCACCACGGCGCCACGGCGGCGGACGGGAAGCCCAAGAACUUCACCUGCGAGGUCUGCGGGAAGGUGUUCAACGCGCACUACAACCUGACGCGGCACAUGCCCGUGCACACGGGCGCGCGGCCCUUCGUCUGCAAGGUAUGCGGGAAAGGCUUCCGCCAGGCGAGUACGCUGUGCCGGCACAAGAUCAUCCACACGCAGGAGAAGCCUCAUAAGUGCGCGCAGUGCGGGAAGGCGUUCAAUCGCAGCUCCACGCUCAACACGCACAUACGCAUCCACGCGGGCUACAAGCCCUUCGUCUGCGAGUUCUGCGGGAAAGGUUUCCACCAGAAAGGAAACUACAAGAACCACAAGCUGACGCACAGCGGGGAGAAGCAGUACAAAUGCUCCAUCUGUAACAAGGCCUUCCACCAGAUCUACAACCUCACCUUCCACAUGCAUACGCACAACGACAAGAAGCCCUUCACCUGCGCGACGUGCGGUAAGGGCUUCUGCAGGAACUUUGACCUGAAGAAACACAUCCGAAAGUUGCACGAUAACAACAACAACAACAACAACAACAACAACCACAACCCGCCGUGUGGGUCUGCCGCGGCGGCCUCCUCCAGAGAGAUCCCCCGCUGAGUACAGGCCCAUGCGUCCAUGGGCCACCUCUUUAUAUAUAUAUAUAUAUAUAUAUAUAUAUAUAUAUAUAUAUAUAUAUAUAUAUAUAUAUAUAUAUAUAUAUAUAUAUAUCAUUUACAUUGUCAUCCAAACGCUGCUAAACCCCUUGCUCCAACAGAUUACACGUCCGAUUGCCUUUAAACAACGUUACUUUUCCUGUUGUGUUCAGUAAAUUAAAGCAAUCUCUUUUCACGAUGUGUAUAAAAAUGAAUUGUAAUUAAUAGGUUAUUGAAAUAAAAUGUUAUUUAAACUUUGGGGCACAUUUUCACCUGCGUCACUUAAAGGAAAUGUGAAGUAUAAGUUAUAAUGUAUUGCAUAAAAAAACGUUGAAAUGAACUUGUUUCCAUUUUUGAACGCAUUUGAAAAUAAACUAGAACACCCAGA